AUCGACUGCACCCCGUAACGCAAUACUAGAUUUAAGGCCGAAGCCAUUGUUAUCAGACCGUUUGCCGACGCCGUUUGCCUUCGUCUUUGCAGCUUCCUUCUACACCUUUCGGUUUUUAAGGUGGCUGGUGGGGUCCGGCACGCACACCGACUGGCUGGAGGACAAGUACCGGCUGCGGGACGGGCUGGCCACCCUCACGAGUCUAGUGGACUCGGGCACCAUCGGACCCGUCCUGGACAAGGUAUAUCUACCACAAGAAUUCGAAAAUGCCCUCGCGCACGCCUGCAGCGACGACGCCAUUGGUACCACAGUCAUUAGGUUUCCCUAACAUACGCCUCAACUAGGCCUGCAAAGUCCUAAAUCUAGGUUUAAUAACUUAGUACUCUCUAGUGCCCUAGAAAUAUAGGCAAUAUGGCCUAACUUUUUUAAUAACACCAGGGUAUGCAGUUUUUUUUAAUUGCCUAAACCAUAACUGGAAGUUGUAAAAAUUAAAAAUAAAUUUAAGAAUAUACGUUUCUGAACCUUUUCUAUGUCAAUUUGGGACAUUGUUAUACCAGGCUUGGCUUUAGGGUUUUAAAUUAUUGAAGGAAAAUUUUAAGCUAAGAUCUAGUAGUAUAAUACAGACUUCUUCCUAAAACUACAGGUUUAGAUGAAAUUUCAGGCACAUGGGA